AUGGCCGACCUUGGCGGCGGGCUCCGCACCAUCGACUGGGCGAACAACAAGGCGCCCACGUUCGAGAAAAACUUCUACAUUGAAGAUAAACGCGUCACUGCUCGCAGCGACCGCGAAAUUGAGGAGUUCAGGCGGACGAAAGAGAUCAAGGUACAAGGGCGUAAUGUUCCUCGACCGGUCACCUCGUUCGAAGAGGUCGGGUUCCCUGAAUACCUCAUGACAUCUAUCAAGGCCCAAGGUUUCCCUGCACCCACCUCGAUUCAAUGUCAGGCGUGGCCGAUGGCCCUCUCUGGAAGAGACGUCGUUGCCAUCGCCCAAACGGGCAGUGGUAAGACCAUCUCGUUCGCUCUCCCCGCCAUGUUGCACAUCAAUGCUCAACCUCUCCUUUCGCCCGGCGACGGCCCCAUCGCCCUCGUCUUGGCGCCCACUCGUGAAUUGGCUGUUCAAAUUCAGCAGGAAUGCACGAAGUUUGGCUCCAACUCGCGCAUCCGUAACACUGCCAUCUACGGCGGUGCCCCAAAAGGCCCUCAAAUUCGCGAUCUUCAGAGAGGCGUUGAGAUCGUCAUCGCUACGCCCGGUCGUCUUAUUGAUAUGCUCGAGACGCAAAAGACCAACCUUCGCCGUGUGACGUACCUUGUUCUGGACGAGGCUGAUCGUAUGCUCGACAUGGGUUUCGAGCCUCAGAUCCGCAAAAUUAUUGGCCAGAUUCGACCAGACCGUCAGACCCUCAUGUUCAGUGCGACUUGGCCGAAGGACGUCCAAAAGCUCGCUGCUGAUUUCUUGAAGGAUAUGAUUCAGUGCAACAUCGGUUCCAUGGAACUUACCGCGAACCACAACAUCAAGCAGAUCGUCGAAAUUUGCAGCGAUUUUGAGAAGAGAGGCAAACUGAUCAAGCACCUCGACCAGAUCAGUGCCGAGAAUGCAAAGGUCCUCAUCUUCGUGGGCACGAAGCGUGUCGCGGACGAUAUCACCAAGUACCUCCGCCAAGACGGCUGGCCGGCUCUCGCCAUUCACGGUGACAAGGAACAGCGCGAACGUGACUGGGUCCUCGGUGAAUUCAAGGCUGGACGCUCUCCCAUUCUGAUUGCGACAGAUGUCGCGUCUCGUGGUCUCGAUGUCAAGGAUGUUGGCUACGUCAUCAACUACGACUUCCCCAACAACUGCGAAGAUUACAUCCAUCGUAUCGGUCGUACAGGGCGUGCCGGCUUGAAGGGCACUUCCUUCACCUACUUUACUACGGACAACGCAAAGUCGGCGCGCGAUCUCUUGGCUAUUCUUAAGGAAGCGAAGGCCGAGGUCCCUCCCCAGCUCGAGGAGAUGGGUGCGUUUGGUGGCGGUGGCGGACGAAGCCGUUAUGGCGGUGGUGGACGCGGCGGUGGACGCGGUGGCGGAGGCGGAGGUUAUGGGGGCGGAGGUGGAGGUGGAGGUGGAGGCGGCUACGGAGGAGGACGCGAUCGUUGGUGA